UGGGUCACUGAGCUCUUCUGAGUGGGUCACAGAUAUUUAUAUAUUUCUACAGUAUUUUAAACCAAUCAGAGUUCAUUAAAUUGAUCAAUUUAAACAUCAAUUAAAAUUCAUCUGAAUCACGAGUUAAAAAUAGUCAAACAUCAGAGGCUACAGUGGGAAAUAACAAACACGAUCAAAUAAAAUAAAAAAUCCCCAAAAAGUACAAAAUGAUGUAAUGUAAAAAGAGAACGGAAAAUGUAAAAAAAAAGUUAAAAAAUUACAUUUUAAAAAACAGAUUUUGGCCCAGAUUCAGUCUAAAUUUAGCCUAAAUUUGGCUUUUGUUUGACCCACUUAUGACGUGGACUGGUAUAAAUAGACACAUUCGAGACAUUAGUUUUCCCAAAUAACUGGAAUUUAUUUUUUUAUGUGAGAGUCAAACUCAGAAAUAUGUGUGGGCCGCUUUAUGGGUCACGUCCGUUUUGUGUGGGCCAGAUAAAAAAAGUAAUUAAAUAUUUAUAGGAUACAGUUAAAUGAUUAAAAAAACAAAGUGUUUCACCUGAUGUGAGGCUGUAACUGGACUGGAACUGUUCGAAAUGUACGACGCGAAUUAAGAAUGAAAAAAAAAAAAAUCUAGGACAGAAUCCUGAAGGGGGCGUCAGUGUGUGUGGGAGGGGGGCGAAAAUCUUUGCGACUCUACGUAAAGCAUACCUAACUCAAAUUCGGAAUGUCUUCGUCCAGUCUUCGGGGUUCUCUGAUCCGGUUCUGAUGAUGUAGAACCUCAUCUCCGAGGCUGCGGGUCGACGUGUGGUUAAACUGUGGCUCGGGGUUAAGUCUAGGCUCGAGUUAGGGAUUUAACUGGUCCGGUCAGGGACGGGACGUGAACAGGACUCUGCCAAUGAUUGGACGUCGAAGUCCUAACAAGAAUAGAUGCGCGCGUGUGUGUGUGUGUGUGUGUGUCAGUGUGUGAGAGUGAGUGAGUGAGAGAGAGGGAGAGAGAGAGAGAGAGAGAGAGCGACGUGCCAUGUGUUUGGUGUCUACACACCAUUCACCUCCCCGGGCUCUGACAGGAUGGAGGUCCUGUUUCUGCUGCUCCUCCUGCUCUGAAAUAGACUCCAGACUCCUCCGAGUCUCUCCGCCGUCACAGCGCCUCCUCUCUGGACUCAGCGGCCCUGACCUCACGCCAUUAUUUCAUAAAAUUCCUAAUUGUUUGUUGGCGUCGUAAACCCGCCGGAGUGCGUCGUCCUUUUCUUUUGGAGAGAAAGACCCCCAGGGAUGGACUCGAUGCCCGGACAGCUCCGAGACGCGGGACGAGACGUCAGCUCUUCGCCGAGCUCCAAGCAGGACGCACAGAGCUUCUCCGACCCGCGCUCCCUCAAACCAAACCAAGUGGGUGAGACCGCCCUGUACGGGGUGCCCAUCGUGUCCCUGGUCAUAGACGGGAAGGAGAGGCUGUGCCUGGCGCAGAUCUCCAACACGCUGCUGAAAAACUACAGCUACAACGAGAUCCACAACCGGCGCGUGGCUCUGGGCAUCACCUGCGUCCAGUGCACCCCGGUGCAGCUGGAGCUCCUGCGGCGCGCCGGGGCCAUGCCCAUCUCCUCCAGGCGCUGCGGCAUGAUCACCAAGCGGGAGGCCGAGAGGCUGUGCAAGUCCUUCCUGGGCGCGCACGCUCCGCCGAAGCUGCCGGAGAAUUUCGCCUUCGACGUGUCCCACGAAUGCGCCUGGGGCUCCAGAGGCAGCUUCAUCCCGGCCCGGUACAACAGCUCCAGAGCCAAGUGCAUCAAGUGCAGCUUUUGCAACAUGUACUUCUCCCCGAACAAGUUCAUCUUCCACUCCCACCGCACACCGGAGUCCAAGUACCUGCAGCCGGACGCGGCUAAUUUUAAUUCGUGGAGACGCCACUUAAGGCUGACGGAGAAAGGUUCGUCUGAUGACGUCAUGCACGCCUGGGAGGACGUAAAGGCCAUGUUUAACGGAGGGAGUAGAAAGAGGACUCUGCCCAUGAGCGGGUCAGGGAUGUCCUCGAGCAUGAAGUCCCAGGCCCAGUCCAGCCUGGUCCAGACCAGCUCCCCUGAGAUCCCCCACAAAACGUUACGCUGUGAGGAGGACCAGGGGGGCAACAGUCUGAGUUUGGCGGGCGGCGCACGGAGUUACCCGGUCAUUCCGGUGCCCAGCAAAAGUUUUGGAAUGAUCCAGAAGAUCCCCCCGCCCCUGUUCCCCCACCACCCCUUUGCGUUCCCGGGCUAUGGACUGUGUCAGAAAAAGAGUGACGGUGUCCCCGAGGCCAACAAGACCACCGUCUCUGGUAUGUUCUGGCCCGGCCCAAAAGACGCCCUCUACCCUGCCUUCCCCAUGUUCUGGCCCGCGCCCGCCGGCCUGCCUACGCCGCCCUAUCCGGGCUCUCCACCUAAACCUCCGCUCGAGCUGCCGGCCGUCCGGCAGGCCGAGCUGGACUUGUCAGACCAAAGUGACCGAGGCGCAAACACACCCAAAGACACCCCCCCUCACCCUCACCACGACGGCGCAGAGCGCGUCCCCAGCUCCCAGUCCUCCUCCACAACCAAAAACGACGAGGACAAAUCAGGGGACGAGACGUCGCCCAGAAAAAUCAGCUACAUCUCCGCUUUCAGACCCGUGGUCAAGGACGCCGAGUCCAUCGCCAAACUCUACGGCAGCCGGGACGGUUACGGCGUGCGCCCUGGCUACCUGUCCCCGGACUUUAUCAGCGAGAGCUCCAGUUACAGGUCCGUGUCACCGGACAGGGACAGCGUGGUGGACGAAGACGACGACCCGGACGUGGAUGUGGAGUCCAACCGGGGACAGGAAGAGGAAGAGCUGAUACGGAUUUCUCCGGGACGGGACCACCGUGACUCCCCUGUCCCGGACCGGGUCUCAGCGGGAGACGGGGAGAACCAGGAGCAGCCCGACGCCUCCUCCAGUCCUCCCCCGGAGGAGUCGGCGAACACCGGGUCGUCGGACGAGGACAGACACUUGCGUAAUGGCUCUCCUCUUCACGAGGUGUACGUACAUGAAAGAGAGAAGGAGCCCUCAUCAUCAUCAUCGUCUUCUUCAUCAUCGUCAUCAUCAUCAUUGUCCUCCUCCUCCUCCUCGUCCUGUUUUGUGUCCAAACAGUCCAGCAGCCUCAGCAGCAGAUCCAACGAUGUGGACCACGUGUCUGAGAUACACAGAGCAACAGCGGUAUAUCAGGAGCAGAAAGACAGACAAGCGGACGGAGCUUUACGCAUCGACAUCAGUGUCCGAGAGAGAGACUUGGAAAACAUGGCGAAAGAGGAGCUGCAGAAGCAGCUGGUGGAGCAGGUGGAGCUGAGGAAAAAGUUGGAGAGAGAAUUUCAGCAUCUAAAAGAUAAUUUUCAGGAUCAGAUGAAGCGUGAGCUGUCCUACAGAGAGGAGAUGGUCCAGCAGCUGCAGAUUGUCCGAGACACUUUGUGCAGCGAGUUGGACCAAGAGAGAAAGGCUCGUUAUGCAAUACAGCAGAAGCUGAAAGAAGCUCACGACGCCCUUCACCAUUUCUCCUGCAAGAUGCUCACUCCUCGUCAGUGCACCGGAGCGUGCACCUUCAAACCCCCGCUGCUGCCUCCGUAGUGUCUCGGCACCACCUGGCACAUGUGCACCUGAUCCCAGCACAGCCACAAAAAAAAAAAAAAAGGAAAGAAGAAAAAAAGGUUCACCUCCAGAGUUCACUCUUCACCCAAGGAUUACUGACGCAUUCUUCACACAUCUCAGAAAUUUAGCACUUGAAUGAACUCCUCCAGAAAACAUAGACCGCAGCGAUGUGUCGUCGACCAACUGAACUUUCACUGUACGUAAAGAGAUCAGUGAAUGCGGAGUUCAGGCCGAGGACGGAUCGUUGAUGUGAGGCCGCGAAGCUGAAACCAAGGAUUUUCUGAUUCAAAGCUGUCUGCUCUUGAACUCCUCUGAAAAAAAAAAGAAAAAGAAAAAAAAGACCAACAAUAAUAUAUACAUAUACAUAUUUAUCAUGUGACAAUGUGCAAUGGCUUGUAUGCCUGUGUUUCUAAGUUGACGACGUGUCUCAUCAUUUAUGCUUUUGUUGCUUAUUCGACUGCAUUGAGUUUUUUUACACGUGCUGUUCGUGUCUGUCUCCGGUUCAUCUGAACAAACCACUCCAUAAAUCGUGAAGCACUUUAACAAGGCAACGUGUUUGAAUUGGACUCUGCCGUCCUAUACCAAAUUCUGUGAUCCAGGUCUGAGGGAUCAGUUUGUUUUUGAUCGUAGACUGGGAGUGCUCCGCGGGUUUGAACGGCAAAUCCAGAAGAAAAAUGUUGACACUUUUAUUUUUUAUUUUCAAUAAUAUCACUGAUCAGUUUCCCUUAUAAUUUAUAUUCAUGGUUCAUGGGUCAAGGGUCAAGGGUCAUGGACUCAAAUGAU